AUGCCUGCUUCGCUCAUUUUCAGGUUGAAUUUCAUUCUGGUCGACCAUGCGCUCUCGAAAACUUCGGUUUCGGAGAUUGCGCACCUCCUUCGAGUAGAGUGGGGCCUGAGCAAGGGCGACCGAGUCGUGCUGGCAUUCGAUUUCGGCCUGCGCUUCUUCGCGGUCUUCCUCGGCUGCUUGAGAGCCGGCAUCAUCGCCGUGCCGGUGUACCCGCCCAACCCGGCCACGCUCAAGAAGUCUCUCAAGAAGCUGCAGCUCAUCGUCGACGACUGUGCACCCAAGAUGGCCCUCGUGUGCCCGCUCGUCAACAAGCUCCGCCUCGCGUCGAAGCUGCGGGCGGUGGCGACGGGGAAAAGCGGCUGGCCGGACUUGACAUACCACUGCCCCGACGUCAAAGAGGAGAAGAUCGCCACGGGUGGCAUGUCUUCAUCUGGCGUUGGGUGGAGGAGUGGUGGUGGCAGGUCGGCGGACGUCAAAAGGACGCGACCGAGCUUCGACGACCCGACCAUCAAGCCGCAAGACGUGGCCUUCCUGCAGUUCACCUCAGGGAGCACCUCGGAUCCGAAGGGGGUCAUGCUCACGUACGGCAACCUCACCCACAACAUCGGAGUCAUCGUCAACUCCUCGAACGCGCAAAUCGCCGCACGAGGAGAGGUCGCGGAUGGCCAACGUACCUGGUUCUCCUGGCUGCCGACCUUCCACGACAUGGGGCUCAUCCAGGGAACUCUGGCGCCAUUCGUCGCCGGAUGGACGGCCGCGUACUGCUCUCCCAUCACCUUCAUGCGACGGCCUCUGGUGUGGCUGGAACUCAUGUCCAAGGAGAAGUCGCAGAUGACGGCUGCUCCGGACUUCGCGUUCCGACUCUGCCUGCGGAAGUGGGAGGAGAUGUCGCCAGAGAGCCGGACGGCACUACACCUGGACCUGAAGCACAUCAUGUUCAUGCAGAACGCAGCCGAGCCCGUGCGCUCUAGCACUGUUCGCGACUUCGCCGAAGCGUUCGCUGCCGUGGGCCUGCCGGGAUACGCCUCCAAUGCGGCGUACGGCCUCGCCGAGCACACUGUCGGAUGCGCGUCCUUCAGCCCUAACCCGGGAGGAGGGGGCUUGAGACACGUACCUGACGAACGGCUGCAGGCUUCAGGGGAUAUUCACUUCUCGGCCAGCCUCCACAUGGAUAUCAAGAUCGUCGAUCCCGAGACCUGCCGGGAAGUUCCCACUGGGGAGACGGGGGAGAUGUGGAUAUCGUCGGACUCUGUCGCUGCGGGCUACUGGGGCAAGCCCGAGCUGACCCGGGGGACCUUCCGUGCACGGAUCAAGUAUGACAGUGCCGACGGGUCUCUUUCCCCUCCGUGGGCCAAUUCGGAGUUUCUGCGCACCGGAGACCUAUGCCGUGUCGACGCCGAAGGCCUUCUCUACGUCGAAGGCCGCCUAAAAGACCUCGUCAUCGUUGCUGGGCGCAACAUCUACCCUCAGGACAUUGAGUUCGUCGCCCAAGAUGCGUCUUCUCUGGUCCGCCCAGGGUGCAUUGCGGUCUUCUCAGAGACAGAACUCGGCGGCGGCUUAGAGAUCGUGAUGGAGGUGCGAAGCUUGUCCAAGAAGAACGUCCAUGCAGUUACGGAAGCGCUAGAAGCCGUGCGCCGCAGCGUCAUGAGCGAAUCGGGACUCGCACCUUCCAGGGUGGUCGCCAUCAAAGAGAGGACGAUUCCGAAGACUACCUCCGGAAAGAUUCAGCGACGCAAGACGAGAGCGAUGCUCCACGCGGGCGCCCUAGAGGUGGUGCAGGAGCUUCGUUUCGAUCCCGUAGAAACGCCCCCGCCUGCUGUUCGUGGCCCCGCUCCGCUGAGCGACCGUGAGGAAUCAUCGGCCACAGCACCCACUGCCGUGUCUGCUGCAGAAAGGGCGCUGCAUUUUGCGUCCUCUUCAAAACUCUCGCCUCAAACGGCUGAUGGCAACACGAGCACGGUGCGUUUGUAA